GCUGGACAUGAAGUGGUAUGAAAAAAGUCUCACUGAGGCUAUCCAUACUUUAGUAGGUCAAGAUGACAAACUAAACUUCAGGAAUGGUCAGAGCUUAUUACUGACAUUGAAAAACACAUCUAUGCUAAUAAACCGAAGGCUAAUUUUUUUGGGAUGACUGAAGAUGAAAUAAGCUUGCUGAUAGCCAAUUUUUCAGAAUCAGUGACUCCAGGUAGCAAAUAUCAUGCUAUGCUAGUCAAACUAAAUCAAAUAAUUACUAAGAAUUUAUAUAAUUCAGUUGAGCAUUACAUGACAUUAAAGCAGCCUACAACGAUGCCAAACAUGGAAACUCAUGGAGAAGCUUUCUUGUGGAAACAAUGGGAUCGGGAAUAUUCAGAUCGAUGCUUUAAACUAACCCCAAGUGCAUAUCCAAAUAAAUCUGAUUUUAUUACAAUGGAAGCGAAUGAAGCGCUAAUUGCAUUGUUUGAAAAACAUACAGAAUUUCUGAAUAAACUUUCUUCUCGUUAUUUUAAUCAAACAUUUCAUAGCUCUCAUAUUCGAAGAAAACUAUGGAGUAUUAUAUUGUUAUCCAGAUGUAAAUCUCAAAGAAUAAAACUUGAACAAAUAAUUCAAAUGUUUUCACCUAAUCAAAAUGAACAUAUUCUGGUAGAAUGUAGAAACUUUUUAAACUCUUGUGUUUCCAUGUCUUCUAUUAAAGAUUCAGUUGGUAUGUCGACAUUAUGACAUCGUCUUUAUUUUUCCUUAUAGUAUUUCUUUUCUAUUUUCUUUCUUUCUUUUUUUCCUUCUUUUUUGUUUUAGGUUGUUUAUAUGCAAUGAAUUAUUUAUUAAAGUUUUAUCAAAAGAUAAUGAAUAUAAAUGACAAUGUAAAGCAUCUUCAUUAUAUUAAAAUUGUUUCUAUAUUAGUUUUGGCGAUGAAAGAUUAUUUAUCAAAAAAUCAACCUCCAAAUGUGGAAACUAUUGGUGUACUAACUCAAGAAUUUUUUGUAUUACUAUCAACAUUACCAUCAUUUAUAACACAGUUGCCAACAAUCUGGUUUACUCGUCAAUCUUUACAGAAAGUAAUACAAAAUGAAAAUUAUAAAAUAAAUGGCAUAUCUGAAAUGAAUGAUAAUAAAAAUAUUAAAUUUAGUCAGAGUGUUUUAAAACAAUUACGAUAUAUUGAUGAUAAUAUAGCCUCUUCUGUUGUGAAACAAGUUUUGUUUGUCAAAGAUAUUGAUAUCAUAUCGAAUUUGACAAAUGAAGAAGAUAUUUGUUCAGAGAUCUUCUAUACAUUUAUCGAACCAAUAAUUCAAUCUGUUUUCAUUGGUUAUUUAUCUCAAUCUACAUUAUUGUAUAUAUGGGAUCAGUUAAUGUUAUGUAUUGCUGGAGCUGAACCAAUUGAAUCCAAUUUGUCAUAUAUUUUAAGUUGUUUCAUAGCUAUUUUCAUUUUUCUAUGCUGGAUUAGAAUACCGAAUCAUUCUCUAUCUGAUAUAAGUCAAUAUGAACAUAUAAAUACAAUUGAUGAACAAAGAGAAAUAAGUAGAAAAGAAAUGACUUCAUUAAAUGAACAAUUCCUUAUAAUUGGUCCAAAAUUAGAAAAAGAUGUUUUUCAGUUUUUGAUAAAGAAAUAUUUCUUCAUGGAUAUUUUCUGUCUAUUAACCGGUACACAACAAUACAACACUAAUAGUUGUCUUUUAUCAAAUGAUGAACUUUUAACAUCAACUGAAUGGUCGUCAAUAUUGAGAAAGUCUCAUCUCAUAGAUCCUAGUAAACGUAAAGAACAAAGAUUACUACAUUAUGCAGAGUUGGAAAGAUUACGAAAUACUGAAGAUCAUCUAAUAAAAAUGCAAGAUCAGUUAGAUACUUAUAAAACUAGAUUGAAAGAAGCAUCAGAUGAAAUUUCUCACAGUAAACGUUUACUAAGUCAAUAUGUAACAAAACAAGAUUAUUCACCUAACAAGGUUGAUGAAAUCAAUGAUCACAAAAUGAAUUCAUCAUUAAGUAAAGUAAAAUGGAAAUCAAAUUUGCACAAAGUUACACUUUUAAGAAAUGUAGCACAGAAUUUUGGCGCGAAUAUUGAAAAUUCAAAUCCUUUAAAACAAUCACAAGUGAUACAAACUGAAUAUGAUUGAAUUAUUUAAAAAUCAACAAAAUAUGUUUGUAACACAAUGAUUUCUGCUUAGUUUAACCAUUUUAUUUCAUUAUUCUAUUAAAAUCAUACUAACUUGCUAAUUAUCUUCCUACCAAUAUGGGGUUGCGGAGAUUAUUAAGUUUUUGAUUAUGAUCAUGAAGCGAUUGAUGUUAGACCAUCAUUGAAAACCUGUAGGCACUGGAUGGCCAUUUCGUCCUAUCGUGGGACUCCUUGGCAGUGUGAAUUCAUGAUUCGUGUCGGGUAGAAACAGGUAUCUACCUCAGUACAAUGGAAGAUCGUCGCGAAAUUUCGUGGACUGGUUGAGGUUAGACAUUAACACCGUUGGAUGCCGGCCAGCUCAGUGGUCUAGAGGUUAAGCGUUCGCGUGUGAGACUGAAGGCCCUGGGUUGGAAUCCCGCGAGCGGGAUCGUGGGUGCGCACUAUUCAGGAGUCCCACAAUUGGACAAAACGGUCGUCUAGUACUUCCAGGUUAUUAAUGGUGGUCUAACAUCAGUCGGUUCAUGAUCUUAAGCGAAAAAAUUAUCUUCCUGAUGGUCUAGAAGAUGUCAGUAAUAAUAUUCAGCUGUUGAACUUUUCUGACAUGUAGGACAAAAUAAUUUAAAGUAGAAAAUAAAAACUGCUUACUCUAGAAAAGAUAAACAAAUUUCUCUGUUGUAUCUCAAUGCCAAACAAAAGCAAGCAGUGAUUAAUAAAUGAAUAGCAAAGUGUGUCAUAGUUUAAAUCACGAAUUGACAUUGUCUAAAUAUAGGACUAUUCAGG